AUGACGCGCCUCGGUCUCCUCGUUCUCACGCUCGCCCUGCUGGGCAGCCUGGCCCACUGCGCGUCGGCACGCGCCGUGGCGGGACCCGCCUCCGAGUGGGGCCUCGGCUCGCUCGCGACGCGCGCCUACCACGCGGUGUUCGGCCCCCCAGCGUCCGAGUACGAUACCUUCCAGCACGCCGGCCGGCGCUCCCGCGUGAACAACCGCCCCGCCGUGUGCAUCCUCUCCCAGCCGGACGCCGAGCUCGCCCCGAACGGGCAGUCCUACAUCGCAGCGUCCUACGUGAAGUUCGUGGAGGGCGCGGGCGCCCGCGCGAUCCCGGUCCUGCACGACGAGCCUGAGGAGACACAGCGCACAAAGUACGAGGCAUGCAGCGCGCUGCUCAUCCCGGGCGGCGACGCCGACCUCGGCCCGGACUCGACCUUCCGCAUCAGCGCCAAGCGCUUCCUCGACUGGGCCGAGGACGAGCACGCCGACGGCGGCUACUUUCCGAUCUGGGGCACGUGCCUCGGUUUCGAGCUCCUCGUAGCCAUCUACGCCGGCGAAGGCACGCUGGCCGAGGUCUCCGGGCGCAACCACCGCGAGACGCAGCGCCUCGAGACGCGCCCGCACCACUCCCGCCUCCUGCGCGCCCUCCCGCCGCGCCUCGUCCGCCUCCUCGAGCGCGACGCCGUGUCUUACUUCAACCACGGUCACGCGCUGCCGCUCGAGGCCUGGAGCGCCGCGGCGGGCGCGGACGACGCCGGGGGCGCGCCGCUCGCGGACUCCUUCGACCUCCUCGCCUCGGCCGUGACCCUCGACGGCACGCGCGUCGUCUCCAUGUUCGAGCACACCUCGCGGCCCAUCUACGGUGUGCAAUGGCAUCCGGAGAAGAACCUGUACGAGUGGACGGAGGAGGAGGACAUUCCGCACUCCAGCGAGGCCGCGCGGCUCGCGCAGGCCAUCGCGAACUUCGUCGUCGACGAGGCGCGCCGGUCGGACCACGCGCUCCCGGAGGACCCCGCGGCGGCGGCGCAGCUGUUGAUUUACAACUAUCAGCCCGUGCCGGGCGUGGCGUCGGAGAACGGCCUGGAGGCGGACUUCGAGCAGAUCUACGUGUUCCCGGGCUCGGCCGCGUCGGUGUGGGCCGCGGAGGCCCGGGCGGCGGCGGCGAGCGGCGCCGACGUCGACGUCGACGCUGUGGCCAAGCACCACCGCCACAAGCACGACGACGGGUCGGACAGCGACGACGACGACGACGACGACGACGACAACAGCGACGACGACGACGACGACCACCGCGCCGCGAAGGAGGCCGACCGCGUCACGACCCUCCCCGGCGCCGGCAUCCUGCCGUUUGGCCUCUACGCGGGCUACAUCACCGUGCACGCGUCGAAGCACCGGCAGAUCUUCUACGUGCUCGCGGAGAGCAAGUCCGAGCCGGACACGAAGCCCGUGACCAUGUGGAUGAACGGCGGCCCCGGCUGCUCCUCCAUCGGGGGGGGUCUCAUGUCGGAGAUGGGACCCUUCUUCCCGAACGAGGACGGCAUCACGCUCCGGCCCAACCCCAACACGUGGACGGACCUCUCCAACAUGCUCUACGCCGAGAUCCCCGCCUUCGUGGGCUUCUCGAAGUCGGACUCGGAGGAGGACCGCACCAUGGGGGACUCCAUGAUCGCGCUCGACUCCCUGCGGUUCGUCCUGGGCUUCCUCCAGCGGUUCAAGUCGUACCGCGGGCGCGAGUUCAACGUCGCGGGGGAGUCGUACGCGGGCCACUACGUGCCCAACCUCGCCGCGAUGAUCCAGGCCUGGAACCGCAAGGACACGGGUGUCGUCGAGGCGGUGCCCGGCGGGAAGGCGCGCAUCCCGCGGCACUGGUUCGACGACUUCGCGGACGUGGGGGAGAUCAACCUGCGCGGGAUCUUCCUGGGGAACCCGUGGACGCACCCGCAGAUCGACACCACGGCGGAGCUGGUGAGCCUGUGGGCGCGGUGUUACAUCUCGCAGGACGCGAUGAUCGGCGUGCUCAACCACUGCGACCUCACGGAGACGCUCGUGCCGUUCAAGCGCGCGGCGCGCGCGCUGCUGGACGGCAGCGCGGACGGCGACGGCAAGGACGGCGACACGACGCUCGACGAGCUGCACGCGCUCGUGCACGCCGUGGUCAACAGCGCGGCGCGGCCGGAGGACACGGGCCGCCUGUGGGAGGACUUCGCGGUCGACGUGGCGCGGAUGGACCACAAGAAGGACGCGGAGGACGGCAAAGAUUGGGAGCUGUGCAAAAAGGCGGUCGAGCUCAUGGACGUCGACAUGGGCCACAUCAACAUCUAUGACCUGACGGUGGAUGUGUGCCCGGGGCCGGAGCACGAGGAGUUCGCGCUCGCGCGCGCGCUGGCGGGCUCCGGCGGCGGGAAGGGCGGUGCGCUGGGCCUCGUUCACUCGGUGGCGCGGAUGGCGCGCGCGAACCUCGGCGCUGGCGCCGGCGCGCUGUCGAGCGCGCGGCUGCGCCGCCGGCGCGGGCAGGCGCAGCUCCCGUACUACGCGGCGAAGCACGGGCUGCGCCUGCGCGGCGACAACGGCGGAGACACCCCCUCGGGCGUCCCCGACCUCCCCGGGUACGACCCGUGCGUGCACGACGAGGUCGCGAAGUACCUGAACUCGCGCGUCGUGCAGGAGGCGCUGCACGUCAUCCCGAAGCAGGACGACGCCGACAAGGCCCCCGACGACAGCGACAACGCCGGCAUCAUGGACUGGCACAUCUGCACGCCCGAGGACCAGAUCUUCUACGCCAAGGACGACGUCCUGACGCCGAUGCUCGACGUGUGGCGCGGGAUCCUGGACGAGGACCCGGACAUCAACGUGGCCAUCUUUUCCGGCGACAUGGAUGGCAUCGUGCCGACGCUGGGGACGCGGCUGUGGGUGCAGGAGCUGGGGCUCGAGGUGAAGCAGCACUGGCAGCCGUGGCUGGACCGCGAGGGGCAGGUCGGCGGGUACACGGUCGUGUACGACCGCCUGGCGCUGCUGACGGUGCGCGGCGCGGGCCACAUGGUGCCGUACACGCAGCCGCAGCGCGCCCACGACAUGUUCGAGGAGUUCAUCAAGCGCGGGCAGAAGACCGACGACGACGCCAGCGGCGACGCGGCUGCCGAGGCCGCGGCGUGA